AUGAAAGCUGCGGUGCUGAUCUUGACACUCCUGUUGAGCACGGCCAACGGUCAACGCUAUAUCCCUUUCAAUCGUAGGGCCCAAGCAUCGUACUCAAACACGUCCUCUUCUGCUUUACCAACCAGUGAUGACUCGUCGGCAGUGAUUCCUUCGCUAAUUUACUCCAAUACCAGCAGUAUUGCGUCUUCGACAUACUUAUCCACAGAACUUUCCUCCAGUGUUGUGGCCUCAAGUGCUGCACCCUCAAGCGCUGCACCCUCGAGUACUGCCUCAGUUGCCAGCUCAGCUCCCGCCUCAGCUGCUAGCUCAGCUCCUGCCUCAGUCGCCAGCUCGGCCGCUGCUUCAGUUGCCAGUUCAGCUGCUGCCAGUUCAGCUGCCAGCUCGGCUGCCAGCUCGGCUGCUGCUUCAGUUGCCAGUUCAGCUCCUGCCUCAGGUGCCAGCUCUGGCGCUCCUUCAGUUGCCAGCUCCGCUCCCGCCUCAGCUGCUAGCUCCGCUGCUGCUUCAGUCGCCAGUUCGGCUCCUGCCUCAGUUGCCAGCUCUGCCGCGCCUUCAGCUGCUAGCUCCGCUGCUGCUUCAGUCGCCAGUUCGGCUCCUGCCUCAGUUGCCAGCUCUGCCGCGCCUUCAGUUGCCAGCUCCGCUCCCGCCUCAGCUGCUAGCUCCGCUGCUGCUUCAGUCGCCAGUUCGGCUCCUGCCUCAGUUGCCAGCUCUGCCGCGCCUUCAGUUGCCAGCUCCGCUCCCGCCUCAGCUGCUAGCUCCGCUGCUGCUUCAGUCGCCAGUUCGGCUCCUGCCUCAGUUGCCAGCUCUGCCGCGCCUUCAGUUGCCAGCUCCGCUCCCGCCUCAGCUGCUAGCUCCGCUGCUGCUUCAGUUGCCAGCUCUGCCGCGCCUUCAGUUGCCAGCUCUGCCGCGCCUUCAGUUGCCAGCUCUGGCGCUCCUUCAGUUGCCAGCUCUGGCGCUCCUUCAGUCGCCAGCUCCGCUCCCGCCUCAGCUGCUAGCUCCGCUGCUGCUUCAGUCGCCAGUUCGGCUCCUGCCUCAGUUGCCAGCUCCGCUGCUGCUUCAGUUGCCAGCUCUGGCGCUCCUUCAGUCGCCAGCUCCGCUCCCGCCUCAGCUGCUAGCUCCGCUGCUGCUUCAGUUGCCAGCUCUGGCGCUACUUCAGUUGCCAGCUCUGCCGCGCCUUCAGUUGCCAGCUCUGGCGCUCCUUCAGUUGCUAGCUCCGCUGCUGCUUCAGUCGCCAGUUCGGCUCCUGCCUCAGUUGCCAGCUCGGUCGCUGUUUCAGUUGCCAGCUCUGGCGCUUCUUCAGUCGCCAGUUCGGCUCCUGCCUCAGUUGCCAGUUCAGGUGCUCCUUCAGUUGCCAGCUCCGCUCCUGCCUCAUCUGCUAGCUCCGCUGCUGCUUCAGUCGCCAGUUCAGCUCCUGCCUCAGUUGCCAGCUCUGCCGCGCCUUCAGUUGCCAGCUCUGCCGCUCCUUCAGUUGCCAGCUCCGCUCCCGCCUCAGCUGCUAGCUCCGCUGCUGCUUCAGUUGCCAGCUCUGGCGCUCCUUCAGUCGCCAGCUCCGCUCCCGCCUCAGCUGCUAGCUCCGCUGCUGCUUCAGUUGCCAGCUCUGGCGCUCCUUCAGUUGCCAGCUCUGCCGCGCCUUCAGUUGCCAGCUCUGGCGCUCCUUCAGUUGCCAGCUCUGGCGCUCCUUCAGUUGCCAGCUCUGCCGCGCCUUCAGUUGCCAGCUCUGGCGCUCCUUCAGUUGCCAGCUCUGCCGCGCCUUCAGUUGCCAGCUCUGGCGCUCCUUCAGUUGCUAGCUCCGCUGCUGCUUCAGUCGCCAGUUCAGCUCCUGCCUCAGUUGCCAGCUCUGCCGCGCCUUCAGUUGCCAGCUCUGCCGCUCCUUCAGUUGCCAGCUCCGCUCCCGCCUCAGCUGCUAGCUCCGCUGCUGCUUCAGUCGCCAGUUCAGCUCCUGCCUCAGUUGCCAGCUCUGCCGCGCCUUCAGUUGCCAGCUCUGGCCCUCCUUCAGUCGCCAGCUCCGCUCCCGCCUCAGCUGCUAGCUCCGCUGCUGCUUCAGUUGCCAGCUCCGCUGCUGCUUCAGUUGCCAGCUCUGCCACUCCUUCAGUUGCCAGCUCGGCUGCUCCUUCAGUAGCCAGUUCAGGUGCUCCUUCAGUUGCCAGCUCUGGCGCUCCUUCAAUUGCCAGCUCUGCCGCGCCUUCAGUUGCCAACUCUGGCGCUCCUUCAGUUGCCAGCUCGGUCGCUCCUUCAGUUACCAGUUCUCGCGCUCCUUCAGUUGCCAGCUCAGCUCCUGCUUCGGCCGCCAGCUCAGCUCCUGGCGUAUGCCCAGUCAGAACUGCGUCGGGUAUUGACGCAUACGCUACUCAGAUCUCAGAAGAUGCCGCAUCAAUCGAAGCUGUUAUUGCAACUUCUGGCGAAUGGGCACCACUCUUGGUCACCCUUGGGUGCGAUAUUGACGGUUUAGACAAUGCGGUAUUGGAUACUCCAAUUUCGUCUACCUCUGUCAACAAUCUUUUGGGAGCUUUCGGCACAGUGACAUCCGCACUGGUAUCUCUGUUCAGUGACAUUUCUAAUGCUGCCAACAGCAACCAGCAGCCGGUUCGUCGCUUAGCCGCACGAGCAGCUGAUGGUGGUGAUUCGGUUGUCUCAGUAGGAAACGAGCUGCUUCAACUUCAGAGCGAUAUCUACACUGAUAUUUACAGCACUGCCAAUAGCUCUCAAAUGAGUUCAUUUAUGUCUAUGGCUUCGUCCCUCAACUCUGCUGUUUCCCAAGCUGCUAGCGCUUUAGGUGCUACCUUUACUGGGAGCUUCUCUGCUCCUAGUGUGGCAUCUUCCUCAAUGGCUUCGCAAGGCUCCUCUGCUCCUGCUACGGCAUCUUCCGCAGUGGCUUCGCAAAGCUCCUCAAAUCAAACUUCGGCGUCUAUGACAUCGCAAGCGGCUACGUCGACUACGCAGCAAACGGCUGCAUCUGUCACAUCACCAUUGACAAGCGCUGUGUCUCAGCCCAACAUGGAAAGCCGGGAGCCCACCACUACAGUGGUCACUGCAUUCACUACGUAUUGCCCCGAAGCUACUACACUAUGUCCUGGAAACGGAAAGUGUUACACUGUUACUGAAGCCACCACCCUGACAGUAACUGACUGCCCUUGCACACUCGUGAAACCAUCGCCUACUGUGAUUAGCGCCAACUCGGGAUCAAAUCCUGGCGAAGUCAAUGCAGUGUCCACUACAGUGGUCACUGAAUUCACCACGUAUUGCCCCGAAGCCACUACACUCUGUCCUGGAAACGGAAAGUGCUACACCGUUACUGAACCUACCACCCUUACAGUAACUGACUGCCCUUGCACACUUACGAGAGAGUCACCUACUGUGACUAGUCCAAACUCGGCCCCUGAGCCUACUGGCGAGACCGGCACAUCCCCACAACCACUCCCAGUGGGUAGCAGCGCAGGACCUGGAGCCCAGCCUUCAAACAAGGGGUCUUUUGCUCCCGCUGUAAGUCCCGUUGAAACUUCUCCCGCUGUAGGUCCUGUUGGAUCUUCUCCCGCUGUAGGUCCUGUUGAAACUUCGGCUCCCGGUACCUCCGCUGCUUUGGCUAAUAGUGCCGGUAAGGUGUCUUCUGGCUAUCUUCUUAUAUUGAUUCCUUUGGUGUCGAUUCUUCUAUAG